GUCCGCUGCGACAAAGUCUUCCCAUGCUCGAACUGCAGGUCCUCAUCCCAGGAUUGCAGCUUUUCAGGUAUUGGACAGAGGCCGAAGGUUCCGAGACAGAGAGUUCCCAUCUCAACACAAUAGUAGGGGGCUCAACACAGCAUGCUGUGAUGAGCGUUUCGUUGACAUCUUGCGCUAGUGAACAGAAGAUCGAUCUCAUAGAAAAAAGACUCGGAAACAUCGAGGCGCUGCUGCGACACCGCCCGUGUGACUGUCGCUCAACGGACACAGGGGUGAGUAUACCUGGAGAGUCUAGCAUCGCUGCACUCGAGGAUCUAGACACACAGUCAUCGGUUGAAGGUUCUUCGUCUUUUCGGAGUCAAGUCGAGGUGGCUAGAAGAUAUGCGGAGUCUGCUGGAGAUCGUAGCUUAUCGACACCCCCUGCACCCCGAUGCAGCGACCGAGUCAUUCCAUCGCAACCCCAGUUGCACGCUAACAACCCUCGCUCUGGUACUCAAUCAUACCGCGAAUUGCCGCUGCCACCGACGGCUGCUGUGAUCAACAUUCUCAAGAUGUUGAAAGAGUCUCCGCCUAGUAGCUUUCCUAUACUGCGGUGUCUUAUGCCCGUACCGGCCUACAUCGAACUGUGCCGUGAUGUCUACUUCUCAAUUGAUGAGUAUGCCGACACAGACUUCAUUAUAGCCAACUCGGGAUUAUAUUACUUGUUCACCGAGCACUUUUGCCCCACUGACAACGAAGACCUCCGCAAGCAGUAUUUCGUAUGGGGCAGGUUGUGCAGAGAUGCCAUGAUGCAAGCAGUCGGGAGCUUGACCGUUUGCUUGCCUGCUCACAUCAAAAGCAUCCAGGCACUUGUACUAGGUGCCUCUCACGCCAUCGAACUUGCUAAGCCCUGGCUUGCCUGGCGCCUCAUUUCUUUUGCGGCACAACUCGCCAUCGCCGCAGGUUUUCACGAGGAGGCAUUCAUGGAAAGUGACGACGUAAAAAUCAAGAAAGCCAAGAUGCUCUUGUUUUGGUAUGUAUACGCCGUGGAGAAGGGUCUGGCAUUGAGAUUGGGACGAGCGUCAAUUAUACGAGUAUGCGACAUCACCCUACCUAAAGACAUGAGCUGUCUCUCAUUGUCACGGCCAUGGAAAUCAAUGCUCCCGUUCUGGGUCUGGAAUGCGACGAUGCACGACAGGCUGUAUGAAGCCCUGUACAGUCGAGCAGCUGCGACUUGCUCCGAUGAAGACAUAGUGAGAGCGGCAGAUCGCCUUCUCGCAGAACUCAAAGACGUUGAACCCUAUGACAAGGUACGUGAAGGCUGCACGUAUGUUGAGGAAGUUUUGAGCCCAUCCAGUAGGGGUUUUCACAGUAGGGGAAGAAGGCUGCACGUAUAUGGCACAUUCCCAACCCACGGGUCAAGAAUGAUGGGAAAUAAUACCGGAAAGCUGGACAGACUGGAAAGCGUUCUUGCAGUGUCGCAAAAGGUUCUGUACUAUACUACAGCAACUCUGAUAUCUCGGGCGAAGGUGAUGCGAACCACGCCUCCAACUCUUUCGCCACAGUGUUUGGACUAUGCCCGGGCUGCAAUCCACGCACAUCAUGAAUGCAUGUCGAUCUUGAACGGAGACCGGCAUAUCAUGAAUAUUUACAUACACUGGUGGGUGGCUCUGGGUAUCGAAUAUUCAUGGGCCAUACUCAUUUUACUGCAUAGGAGAGUUCUGCACGUACCUUUCGUGCCUGUCCUUGUGUUGUAUUGUAAUGUGGUCAGCCAAGGCGACUCUGAUGAUUUACAGCGACUUCGGGAAUUUGCCGAAGAGCUUGAGGUUACAGCCAACUUGUCGGCUUCUGCAAAAGAAUUCUGCGAGCGCAGUAAAGAGCUUCAUAGGUCUGCAAUCAGCCAAUUCGAAGCUGUAAAUAGGGGUUCCUUCACACCAGAACAUUCGAUCUUCUCCAAUGGGCUUCAUCAGUACUUUGCAGGAAAUGUGCUCUUUGCGGCGGAGGAUGAAUACGGGACUGCGGACAUUUCCGGUGAACGAAUACAGGCAAUGUUUGGGGGGCAACACAUGAUGGGUUUAUUCUGA